AUGCGUACCUACGAAGACACCUUCAGCGGUCAGAAGAUCUACCCCGGAAAGGGCAAGCUCUUCGUCCGCUCGGACAGCAAGAUCUUCCGUUUCCAGAACGGCAAGACCGAGUCCCUUUUCCUCCAGCGCAAGAACCCUCGCCGCAUCGCGUGGACCGUCCUCUGCCGGAGACAGCGGAGAAAGGGUAUCUCUGAGGAGCAAGCCAAGACCCGCCGCCGCAAGCAGGUCAAGUCUCAGCGUGCUGUCGUUGGUGCUUCUCUCGAUGUCAUCAAGGAGCGCCGCUCAAUGAGGCCCGAGGCCCGCUCUGCCGCCCGCGCAGAGGCCAUCAAGGCUGGCAAGGAGAAGCGCAGCGCCGCACAGAGCGUCAAGAAGGCUGAGAAGGCCAAGACCGCGGCUCACACCACCGGCCGUGUCGUUGGAAAGCAGGGCGCCAAGGGAGCCGCACCAAAGGUCAAGGCUACGACCCGCUAA